UCGGCCGGUAUGAAAAGGCCCUUUUUUUAUCAGGCACCUUGCAGGCCACCUAACUGAGGUGGUCCUUCAGCGACCGAGAAGGCUGCUUCACCCACUAAACAGACCCGAUGUUUUUGUUGAGGAAAAUGAAGUAUGCCUGCUGAAAGCAAGAAGCCAGUAAACAUGGACGAGAAAGACGUGUGCGUUUUCAGCAACAAGGACAAAGAGCGAGCGGCGGAGAGCCGUCCCUCUUCGUCUCGGGAAAAGGGGAAAGAGGACACCAAGGUGAGCGGGAAGAAAGAUAACGGCAAGGCGGCAGCGGCGGAGGAGAAGAGGAGGAGGCUGGAGGAGGAGAGGAGAAAGAAGGAGGAGAAGGAGCGCAAGAAGAAAGAAGAGGAGAGGCUGAGGGUGGAGGAAGAGCAGAAGAAGAAGGAGGAGGAGGAGAAGAGGCAGCAGGAGGAGGUGGAGAAGAGGAUGCAGGAGGAGGAGGAGAAGAGGCAGCGUGAGGAAGAGGCGGCACGACUGAAAGAGAAGGAGGAAGCGCACCAGCUUCACCAGGAGGCCUGGGAGCGCCACCACUCCCGCAAGGACCUGCGCAGCCGGAACCAGAACGCGCAGGACUCGCGGCCUGAGGAGGCCUUCUUCAGCCGCCUGGACUCCAGCCUGAAGAAGAACACGGCGUUCGUCAAGAAGCUGCGCACGCUCACGGAGCAGCAGCGCGAUUCGCUCUCCAACGACUUUGCCUCGCUCAACCUGAGCAAGUACAUCGCCGAGGCCGUGGCUUCCGUGGUGGAGGCCAAGCUGAAGAUCUCCGACGUGGGCUGCGCCGUGCACCUCUGCUCCUUGUUCCACCAGCGCUAUGCUGACUUCGCCCCGCUCCUGCUGCAGGCCUGGAAGAAGCACUUUGAGGCCCGCAAGGAGGAGAAGAUGCCGAAUGUAAGCAAGCUUCGAACGGACCUGCGCUUCAUCGCCGAACUCACCAUCGUGGGCAUCUUCACCGACAAGGAGGGCCUGUCGCUCAUCUACGAGCAGCUGAAGAAUAUCAUCAACACAGACCGUGAGGCGCACACGCACGUCUCCGUGGUCAUCAGCUUCUGCAAGCACUGCGGGGACGAUGUCGCUGGCCUCAUUCCUCGCAGGGUAAAGGUAGCGGCAGAGAAAUUCGCCCUGGGCUUCCCUCCGAGCGAGAUCAUCAACGCCGAGAAGCAGCAGCCCUUCCAGAACCUGCUCAGGGAGUACUUCACCUCCCUUACCAAGCACCUGAAGAAGGACCAUCGCGAGCUGCAGAACAUCGAGAGGCAGAACCGCCGUAUCCUACAUUCCAAGGGCGAGCUCAGCGAGGACCGACACAAGCAGUACGAGGAGUUUGCCACAUCCUACCAGAAGCUGCUCGCCAGCACGCAGUCCCUGGCGGACCUGCUGGAUGAGAACAUGCCAGAACUACCCCAAGACAAGACCGUUCAAGAAGAACAUGGCCCCGGCAUCGACAUCUUCACUCCAGGGAAGCCGGGGGAUUAUGACCUGGAAGGAGGCAUUUGGGAGGACGAGGAUGCUCGCAACUUCUACGAGAAUCUGGUGGACCUGAAGGCCUUUGUCCCUGCCAUCUUGUUCAAAGACAACGAGAGGGCUCGCGACAAGGAGGAGGCCAAAGAUACAAAGGAUGGGAAGGAAGUUAAGGAGGUGAGCGGGACAGAGGAGCUGGAACUGGAGCUGGAGACGCUGGACAUCGCAGAUGACGCCCUGGAAAUGGAAGGAGCUGACGAGGUUGACGGUGAUGAGCUUGCCAAGAAACUGCUGGAUGAGCAAGAGCAAGAAGAUGAGGAAGCCAGCACAGGGUCCCACCUAAAGCUCAUUGUUGAUGCCUUCAUCCAACAGCUGCCCAACUGUGUCAACAGAGACCUGAUAGACAAGGCUGCAAUGGAUUUCUGCAUGAACAUGAACACAAAGUCCAACCGGAGGAAACUUGUGCGAGCGCUCUUCACCGUCCCAAGGCAGCGGCUGGACCUUCUGCCCUUCUAUGCCCGGCUGGUCGCCACACUGCACCCCUGCAUGUCUGACGUGGCUGAAGAUCUGUGCUCCAUGCUCAAGGGCGACUUCAGGUUCCAUAUAAGAAAGAAGGACCAGAUCAACAUUGAAACAAAGAACAAGACCGUGAGGUUUAUUGGAGAGCUAGCUAAAUUCAAGAUGUUCUCCAAGACGGACACCCUUCAUUGUCUGAAGAUGCUGCUGUCAGAUUUCUCCCAUCACCACAUUGAAAUGGCGUGCACCCUGCUGGAGACGAGCGGACGCUUCCUCUUCAGGUCUCCAGACUCGCACCUUCGCACCAGCGUGCUCUUGGAGCAAAUGAUGCGCAAGAAGCAGGCUAUGCACCUGGAUGCCCGCUACGUGACCAUGGUGGAGAACGCCUACUACUACUGCAACCCCCCACCCGUGGAGAAGGCCGUGAGGAAGAGGAGACCACCUUUGCAGGAGUACAUUCGCAAGCUUCUCUACAAGGACCUGUCUAAGGUCACCACCGAGAAGGUGCUGAGACAGAUGCGUAAACUUCCCUGGCAAGACCCUGAAACCAAGAGCUAUCUGAUUUGCUGCCUGGUGAAUAUCUGGAAUGUGAAGUAUAACAGCAUCCACUGCGUGGCCAACCUCCUAGCUGGCCUGGUGGCAUACCAGGAAGAUGUGGGCAUUCACGUGGUGGACGGGGUGCUGGAGGACAUCCGGCUGGGCAUGGAGGUAAAUCAGCCCAAGUUCAACCAACGGCGCAUCAGCAGCGCUAAGUUCUUGGGGGAGCUCUACAACUACAGGAUGGUGGAGUCGGCCGUGGUCUUCCGCACACUCUUCUCCUUCAUCUCCUUCGGGGUCAGUCCGGAUGGCUCACCCAGCCCGCUGGACCCCCCUGAGCACCUGUUCCGGCUGCGCCUGGUCUGCACCUUGCUGGAUACUUGUGGCCAAUACUUUGACCGGGGCUCCAGCAAGAGGAAGCUGGACUGUUUCCUCAUCUACUUCCAGCGUUACAUUUGGUGGAAGAAGGCUUUGGAGGUCUGGACGAAGGAGCACCCAUUCCCCAUUGACAUCGACUACAUGAUAAGCGACACGCUGGAACUGCUUCGUCCCAAGAUGAGGCUGUGCAGCUCGCUGGAGGAGGCGGCCAUGCAGGUCACCCAGCUGGAGAGGGAGGUGCUCGUCAAGCUAGGUCUAGCUGUGGAGAAGGACGACCGGUCCUCCAGCGCCAUGGGUGAUACGGAGGGACUGGAUGAGGAAGACGAGGACGAUGAUGAAGAAGGAGGGGCGGAGACGGAGGAGCAGUCUGGGAACGAGAGCGAAAUGAAUGAGCAGGAGGAGGAAGAGGGCUCCGAAAAUGAGGAGGAGGAGGGGGACGAAGAGGAGGAAGAGAACACCGACUACCUGACUGACUCCAACAAGGAGAAUGAGACUGACGACGAAAACAACGAGGUGACGAUCAAGGGAGGCGGCCUGCGGCAUGUGGCCUGUGCUGAGGACGAGGACUUCAUCCAGGCCCUGGACAAGAUGAUGCUGGAGAACCUGCAGCAGCGCAGCAGUGAGUCAGUGAAAGGCCACCAGCUGGACGUGGCGAUCCCACUGCAGUUGAAGAGCCAGCUGAAGAAGGUCCCUCCCCCAGCCUGCAGCGCGGAGGCCGACACUGAGCUUGCCGACACCAUGCAGUUUGUCAUGCUCACCCGCAAGGGCAACAAGCAGCAGUUUAAGAUCCUGAACGUGCCGCUCUCCUCCCACUUGGCCGCCAACCACUUUAACCAGCAGCAGGCCGAACAAGCAGAGCGUCUGCGCAUGAAGAAGCUGACACUGGACAUCAAUGAGAGGCAGGAGCAGGAGGACUAUCAGGAGAUGAUGCAGUCGUUGGCCCAACGGCCAGCCCCUGCCAACACCAAUCGCGAGAGGCGACCACGGUACCAGCAUCCUAAAGGAGCGCCCAACGCAGACCUCAUCUUCAAGACUGGGGGAAGGAGACGCUGAAGGGAUCACAGUGGUAUGACCUCCUCGCUUGGGCGCUGACCUACCCCCCCGGCUGACUGUGGAGUACACCGUCGCCAUGCGAACGGGAGGGGCCGUGGGCUCCUCCCCCCAUGCGGAGCAACACCAGCAUCUCUCUCUCUCUUACACACAGAAGCACGUGCACACACACGGACACACGCUUUGUCACGCCCAGCCGGACUCAGCAGUGGCGAGACCCCUUCAGCGGGAGAAUGCGUUUGUGAGGCGGCUGCCGUUCCCACAGGCCCUGCCGGAGGACCAAGAUGCAACAGGAUCAGGGAGCACACCACGGUCAUGCACCCUCUUCCUCUUAGAGGGGGUGGGCUUACAAAAAAAUUUAAAAAUCAGUUCUUUUGUUUUAACGCUGCCUUUAGUUAAAUCAUUCUUUAGAUUGGAGGGCCCAGUUGAGGGGAGGGGGGGGGCUGGAGAGGGGGAUGAAGGGAGAGCAGCCAGGUUGAGUGAGGAGGCAGCGAGACGGACACGCAAUUCAUGGUACCAAGAUGGCCGGCUUUGUUAGCGCGUCCGCUCGUCCACCAUGCCGACGGCCCUGCCUAGAGGAUUCUGAGAAACCGAGGGUCGAGGUGGCGACUGGCAGAGGGACUGACCGAUGGACUUACCAGCUUUUCAUUGUCUGAUUUAAAAAGGAAAAAAAAAAAGAUAAAUAUUUAUAGAUGCGGUUUAUUUUUUCAUUGAUGUUCUGACAGGAAGCCAUUUCUAGGUUGCGAAAGGCUUCAGCAUCGCAGGCAUUUCUGUGCAUAUGAGUUUUGGUGUUCUGUAGUUAAUGCCUGCGUGAGGUUUCUGUCUACAAUCUGCAGCUGAGUUUCCUGCUGAUCCUUUUGAAAUCUGUUCCAAGUGUCUGUCUGGUUUAACCUUGUUUUGCCCCCCUCCCUCCAUUGCAUGGCCUGUUCAUACCAGCACUGCUGCUGGCAAGCAGGCUGCAUCUCGGAUUGCAGUAAACUGUCCAAAUGUCA